AUGAUUGGUCACACAGUAGUGGAGAAAACACGUUGGAUAUUAAGCAGAAGCUGGAGUGUUGAUGGAUGCUUGCUGGCAGGACAUCGUUGCAUUUGUGUUGUAUUCUAGUUAGAAGGCUGUAACUGUUGACCGUGGCUGAGCCCAGUGUAACUCUCCCUCCCUGUGUGUCCCGUUCAGCUGAGCCCGGUCCACACGAGACCCUCUUGCACUUUGCGGCUCGGCGCGGUCUGCGGAGGGUGGCCCUGUUCCUGCUCCAGCAGCCAGGAGGCAGAGAGGCUCUCAGACAGCCCAACAAGCAGGGCUCUACACCAGUCAGCGUGGCAGAGAAGAGGGGCCACGACCAACUACAGCAGCUCUUCACUGAGUAAGUACUUAACUGGAUCACAUACUGUAUACUACACACAGGACCUAAACAUGAAUAACCUUUUAAUAACCUUUAUUACACUAGUAAUAACCUUUAGAUACAUUAUUAUUAUGUUUCUAUGGGAGUAUGCUGGCUAGCCAAUCGUUUCUACUAACCUUGGGACGUACUGUAUGAUGAAAAGCCGGACUUACUGAACUAACACAGUGUAAUAAUAUAUUCUGCUGUUUUCAGAGUGUUAUCUGUGAAUGAAACACACAGCACUCUCCACAGCACUCUUCCUCUUUUUGAAACACAUACCAUAUAUUCUUCGACAUUAGCUAGCAAACUAGGAUUUGGAAUCCAAAUCAACGAGAGGUCUUUAUGUAACCAUGGGAAUGGGAACAGCUCUAUGGUUAGUGAGGGGCUUGUUGGGGAUGUUGAAAUGUGUUUGGAGUGUUGGGGGAACACAGAGAUAAGCAGACAGACCAAGGACAAACUCCGGACUGCUGCUGUAAACAGUUGAUGUCAGCACAGAAAUCACAACAGAAUCCAACUUUAUUUAUAUGCAAUUUGUUAAAGUACAUCACGUCAGACUAGUAUGGGUCUUUUUUCGUGGGACAAAAUCACAAAAUGUACCUAUAAUUAGGAGGAUAUGUGUACGUGCUAGAUGACAGCUCGUAGACUACACAGCGUUCUCACCAGCUUUGAUAGCUGUAUGGGACUGGUUCCAUGUGCCCUGUGAACCAUCUGAGCUGUACAAUAACACCAGGCACCAUUUUGUUUUCUAAACUACACCAAUGUUAACUCAGCAUCCCCACGUGUAGGCUACAUCCCUCAAACAGAGAUGACAGUGUUACCACAAAAAAAUGAAUGUACAAGUGGCGGGAAAUAGAGGUUCUAGGGUCCUUGUAUACAAACUGUCAGAGCUUUAUCAGAGUUUAUCUAGCGGAGGUAGUUCUGUCCUAUUGGUAGACAGUAACCACAACCUCCACUGGCACUGUGGUGAUCUGUUCUCCAGCUGGGCACAUAUGAGUGACCUCAUUACAGAGCACCUGAGAUCACCAGCUUUCUCUAUAACAUGGAGGUUGAGAUGUCGCCUAGUCCCAGACAAAGAUAUGCUAUCCUGUGCUGACCAAGAACAGUAGAGAGUGGGCCCAGGGACACUCUCAGGCCACAGCAAUGGUGACUCUCGGUCUGUCUGCGUCACACAGGCUGUCCCCUGGUGACCUGGUUUGGUGGAGGCAGUGAAACCUUAUAACCAUAGGAAAGAGAAGGGCCUGGUGGGAGCUCCUCAGAGAGUUAGUGUGUGUGUUACAGAAGAGAACUGUAGCUAUUCUCCAUACCAGACCAGCAUUUUCUCCUUACCUGGACACCAAGCCGUGUUCAUCUGUCUGAUAUUGUUUGGGGAGGCUGUUAUGUUUUUGAAAUAGUCCUGAGUUAAGCUGGGAGUAGAGAGAUUGAGUCACCUGGGUGCUGGUGUUAAAUGCUCUGAGACAGGAUUAGUUCAGGUCAGGGAGAAGCAGAGGGCCUGCUGUUAUUUGGCACAGGAGAACAGUUAGGUGUCAUGACUGAAUCCCAACUCACUGGAGACAGCAUACGUGUGCAAAUUCCACUUGCUGACUGUGGGAAUAAAUUGGUUAAGUUGUAUACUAGUAAUCUAGUAAUAAAGUAGUAAAAGCUCUAACAUUUAUAGUGCAGUUCUGUGUGUUGUUAAGAGAUCUCCCCUGGAUGUGGAGAGAGUUGAGGCUACCUCCUGGGUGCGUUCAGGUUUCCAACUCAGGCCCCACAAAGUGCCUCUGUUCUGUUCUUCCCCCGCCCUGCGUCUUGCCUUUCAGUCCCCACUGAGUGAUGUCAGGGGGUUGCCAUGGACACCCAUUCAGCCCUUUAUUGCCCUGCGUUGGCACUGAGCACCAUGAGGCAGGUGAGAACAGCCCCAGAUCUCAUCACUACUGCAGACCUGGCUUCAAAUAAUAUUUGAAAUCUUUUAGUGUUCGCUCUAACCUGCAUGGAGUACCAUAUGGCCGGGGUUUGCUGUUUUGGGACUGUUCCAAUGGUCCAUUAAGCCAGGCAAGCUCAAUCAAGCACAUAUUACGUAUUUUAAAUGAUUUCUAAUAGUAUUUGAACCCAGGUCUGCACUCUUGUUCCAGGGGCUUCAUGGGGCUGGGGCUAGAGGGGGAGGAUCUUACUCAUCCCAUCCAUCUACUUAAAUACUCCCUCAUGCCUUUUGUUUACAAAGCCUUGUUUCGAUCAGAUUGUUUUGUUGUGUCUCACACGAGAGUGUACCAGCAGUGACAUCAUCACCCCUGAGUCAGUUGGGGUCAGUUCCACUCAUUGAGAGAGUGUAGAAAAGUUGACUACCCAGGCAGAAACAGACCCAGAGCCAGCUCAACAGGACAAUACACUACUGUAGACCCUUCGUCCUUGCCUGGGUUUACCCAUUACAAGACACAUUUAGUCUAGAACUUAAUUUUAGCUCAGCCAUGUUUGUUACUCAGUAGAAGUGUUUUCACAUGAAGUAGAUUAGAAAGGGAGGGGUAGUGUUUUCUUUUUCAAUUCCACUGAUACCAUAGAACAAUUAAUUAAAUACCAGAUAUCUGACGGAGUAGAAGUAGCAAUACAAUGAAGCUGAACCAGUUUGGAGGUUGGCGGUCGAUUUGAUGAAAAGUUUGGUAGUACACCAUGUAUCCAGUGCCUUCCUACCCUGGGAAUGAACCUGUCAUUUACACUAGGUGAUAUAUUAUGGGCGUAGGUAGUGGUGCUGAAUGCUGAAUCAGUGCUAUGUGAUGUGAUUGUGUUGGGCAGGGUUGAGACCUCGUCGGAGACCCAGAUAAAGACGGAAGAGAGGCAGUGUUACCCAGGAGGCCGAGUGCUGCAGCACCACCCCAAACUGAACACAUACACCCUGACGGUGGACACGUUGCUAGGGAAACCUCCGCCCAGCCUAAAGGGAGAGGUGGAGGAGCUACAGAAACUCAUACAGCGCCACAGAGACAAGAAGGUGAGCUAUAGAACUCUGCUUUCAACUCUGUUCCUGUUUUAACUCUGUUCCUGUUUUAACUCUGUCUGCUUUUAACUCUCGCAUUUUGUUGCUUUAAAUCAUGACUUACUUGACUUAUUCCUUACAUCUACUAAUGGAGCAAAGGGCUCAUUGUCACGCCCUGACUCAGGGGACGUUUGUUUGUUGAGUCAGGGUGUGUAUAUUCUAUGUUGUAUAUUUCUAUGGUGAUAUUCUAGUAUGUCUAUUUCUAUGUUGGCCGGUGUGGUUCCCAAUCAGAGGCAGCUGUCGCUCGUUGUCUCUGAUUGGGGACCAUACUUAGGCAGCCUAUUGGCACUAGUGGGUUGUGGGAUCUUGUUCCGUGUUAGGUAUGUUUGUUUUGUGUACCUUGGACUUCACGUUUCGUUUGUUGUUUUGUCAUUGUGUUUAUUCGGAAAAAUAAACAUGUACGCAUAUCACGCUGCGCCUUGGUCCGUCCCGUUCAUCAACGAGCGUGACAGAAGAUCCCACCAAACGAGGACCAAGCAGCGUGUCCAGGAGCAGACAGCCUGGACCUGGGAGGAGAUCCUGGACGGAAAGGGUUCCUGGACAUGGGAGGAGAUUCAGGCCGGGAUGGAUCGCCGUCCUUGGGAGGAGACAGUGGAGGCGCGGUAUAGAGAGGAGCAGCGGCAACGCAGAAGGUGCCGGCCGAGGAAGUAGCCCGAGAGACAGCCCCAAGAAAAUGUUGGGGGGGGGCUAAAAAGGUGGUUGGCGGAGCCUAGUGUUAGAGCAGAGCCAACUCCCCGUACUCACGCGAGGAAGCGUGUGACUGGGCAGGCUCCGUGUUAUGCGGAGCUACGUACUGUGUCGCCAGUGUUCCGGCACAGUCCUGUACGUCCUGUGCUAGCACCACGCACGUGUCGUGCGAAGAUGGGCAUUCAGCCAGGACGGGGUGUGCCGGCUCAACGCUCCUGGUCUUCAGUACACCUCCUCGGUCCCGCAUAUCCUGCGCCUGUUCUACGAGCUGUAUCGCCAGUGCGCGUGCACAGCCCAGUGCGUCCUGUGCCAGCGCCCCGCAUGUGUAGUGCGAAAGUGGGCAGCCAGCCAGGACGGGUUGUGCCAGCUCUCCGCUCCAGACCUCCAGUCCGCCUUCGCAGUCCGGUCCGGCCCGUUCCUGCUCCUCGCACCAGACCAGUGGUGCGUGUUCGCAGCCCGGCCCGGCCUGUUCCUGCUCUUCGCACCAAGCCAGUGGUGCGCGUCACCAGCCCGGUUCGGCCUGUUCCUGCUCCUCGCACCAAGCCAGUGGUGCGCGUCGCCAGCCCGGCCCGUUCUGUUCCUGCUCCUCGCACCAAGCCAGUGGUGCGCGUCGCCAGCCGGCCCGGCCUGUUCCUGCCCCUCGCACCAAGCCAGUGGUGCGCGUCGCCAGCCCGGCCCGGCCUGUUCCUGACCCUCGCACCAAGCCAGUGGUGCGCGUCGCCAGCCCGGCCCGGCCUGUUCCUGCUCCCCGCACCAGGCCAGUGGUGCGCGUCGCCAGUCCGGUACGGCCCGUUCCUGCUCCCCGCACCAAGCCAGUGGUGCGCGUCGUCAGCCCGGUCCGGCCCGUUCCUGCUCACCGCACCAAGCCAGUGGUGCGUGUGUCCAGUCCGGCACAGCCCGUGCCUGUUCCACCGGUGCCUGGUCCGGCACCGGUCAGCUGCUCCACUCCGGAGCCAGAGCAAUCCGCUACACCAGGGUCCAGUCCAGCUCCGGUCAGCGGUUUUCACUCCGGAGCCAGAGCAGUCCGCUCCACCGGUGCGUGAUCCAGCUCCGGUCAGCGGCUCCACUCCGGAGCCAGAGCAGUUCGCUCCACCGUCGUCGGGUCCAGCUCCAGUCAGCGGUUCCAGUCCAGACCCAGACGUCAGCCCCUCUCCAGGUUCGGGGUCUCCCACACCAGGGUCCAGACAGGGCUUGGUACUUCGUGGGACCAAGGAGAGGGGAAGCAGCGCGCCGAGGUCCAGACCUGACCAGGGGCGCAACAGGGUGGCGGAGAAUAGGUGGUGGUCACGCCCUGAGCCGGAUCCGCCUCCGAGGCGGAAUGCCCACCCGGCCCCUACCCUGUUAUGUUUAUGUGGCGUGGUCGGAGUCCGCACCUUUGGGGGGGGGGGGGGGGGUACUGUCAGGGGAUGUUUAUUUGUUGAGUCAGGGUGUGUAUAUUCUAUGUUGUGUAGUUCUAUGUUUUCUAUCUAGUAUGUCUAUUUCUAUGUUGGCCGGUGUGGUUCCCAAUCAGAGGCAGCUGUCGCUCGUUGUCUCUGAUUGGGGACCAUACUUAGGCAGCCUAUUGGCACUAGUGGGUUGUGGGAUCUUGUUCCGUGUUAGGUAUGUUUGUUUUGUGUACCUUGGACUUCACGUUUCGUUUGUUGUUUUGUCAUUCUGUUUAUUCUGAAAAAUAAACAUGUACGCAUAUCACGCUGCGCCUUGGUCCGUCCCGUUCAUCAACGAGCGUGACACUCAUACAGUACAGUAUGUACUCUCAGAUCCUUCAACCAAAUCUUGUGUGCACUAGCUAGCUAAUUAACAUCUGCGAAAAGAGAAAACAUGGCCUAUUGUGAGUUACCUGUAUGCUAUCAGUUUGUUUGCUCUGAAAGAUUUGUGUACGUCUUAUCUUUACAGGAAGUUAAUAUGUGUGUGUGUGUAUAAUAAAUAGUGUGUGAUUUAUUAUUUGUGUCAUUUGUGGGACAGUUAUUCACACUGUGUUUCUAUUUGUACUGUAGGAAGAUCAUGUGCUCCAGCAGCAGUCACCAUACGAGCUGAACACUACAGCAGGAUCCAGUGGCAUCAGCAACACAUCAGCACACUCAGCCACAGAGUCACAGCCCCCUCACAGCCAUGCCCAGCAGUGGAGGGAGGGCGAGACUCCAGCUUUCAGCGCACCAUCCUGUGGAGACCAGCAGGAGGAAGCUGAUAGAGAGAGGACAGGCGUAAUCACUGCCACGCAGGGCAGCAAGGCAGGGCGCUGUAAAAGGAACCAGGAAGAGAGAGAGAAGAGAAGAGCAGAGACUGAGACGUACGAUAAGGCUGUUGCUGCUCCGACGAAGGCUUCACCAGCCAUGGGCCACGCACAGUCUCAGGAACACUCGGAACACACGGAAGCUAAGCAUCGGCCCCUGAGGACUACAGGCAGUAGCUGUGGGGACACGAGGGCUCAGAGGACUAUGGAAAGGCAGGGCGAGCCUGAGAACAUCCAGGAGAUGGAGUCUGGGGCUCCUGUGGAGAAUGGACAGCACGACGGACAUAGCGGUGAGGUUGAGGUGGAGUAUGCUGAGGCCACCUCUGAAUGUAUUCUUCAGACAAUGACGGGAGCUGUGAGCCGCCAUGAGGCACAGGCUGUAGAGUCACAGGACCCCGAACAAAGACAGGAAACCACUACAGCAGUGACAAGUUAUUCUGUGGAGCCCGAGUGGGCCGAUAACAGCAACCAGACCCGGGGGUCUGAGACUGAGAGAGGCGGUGAUCAGGGCGGUACAGACGAGAGAAAGACAGAGGCAGGAAACCCCAGCCAACAGACCAACGGUAGCACUGAGACAACCAGCAGCAGAAGUGGAGAGACUGACACAAACAGCAUGAAGCAGAGCCCCAUUAUGGCGGAUGGAGAGAGUGAGAGCAGCCAUUCACACGGACCAGGUAACGUUACAGCACACAAACCCAGUGAGCAGCAGGUCCUGGAUCAGCAAGUUAAGGACACAUUUGAGGUAGUGGCACCCCCACCACAGCCAAGGCAGGACCAGGACGGCGCCCACAGCCAGGGCCACGAGGCUGGGCAGGAAUGUGAGGAACAGCAGUCCAGUGACUCAGCCAGCAGAACAGCUGAGGAUGGAGAGAGUGGAGAUACCAUGGGGCAAAAACACUGUGAUGUCACGGGCCACACAUCCUCUCGUGAUGAGGGGGAACUCAUCCAGUCGGUCGGCUGCUCCACAGACAAACUGUCUAAGGAGGGGACAGUCACAGGACAGGAGGCCCCUGGGAAGAAGGUGUGUGUACAGUGGGCAUCGUUAGAAGAGGCAGACUCUCUGGCGUGUAGAGAGGAAAUAGCAGCCACAGCAGUAGCAGUGGUGGCUGUAGCAGUAGCAACUGCUGUAGCAAACCUAGAACAAUGCAACUCCAACUCCAUGCUGGAGGUAGGCCAGGUACAGGAAGCUGCCGCUGAGAGCCAGAGUGAGCAUCAGACCGGACCCAAAGACACUGCACCAAGAUCAGGGGUCAUGGUGUCUGAGGCCACUGAGAACCUUAGCACCUCAGACAGGGGUCCGACUGUCUCAGCAGGUCCGUUAGAGGAGGAUGUGAUGGUCAAGAACCCCUCAAAGGGAGCGGAUGAGCCUCAUGUUAGACAGGGAGAGGAGAACAGUCAUCUGUCCAAUACCACACAUGGGAGUGAGAAUGGAGUGGAGGCCAGAUUACCAGGCCUGAGUCUGACCCAGGAAGAAAGUGUAGAAGCCAGCAGAGAGUGUGCAGACUCCCACUCACACACGUUGUUACAUGAUGAAAGGGCUGUGGACAGACAGAGUGCUGAAGUCAUAUCCUCCUCCUCCUCUAUCUCCCCAGAGAGAUCCUCAGAGCUGACACAUCAGGAGGUCAUCCCACAGAGCCCGGCCCCACCAGCCACACCAGCCACACCUGAACAUACUCAUACACCCAGUGACUCGACCCUGACCACCCUUACACACCCAGACAGUGGUACAUCCCUGAGUCCAGAGCUGACUUCCCCCUUGGAGCUAGACAGUGGAACAGGCCUGGGUGACGAGCAGUACAGCUCCUCUGUGGAAGGAGUCAUUGGUGUGUCCUUUGGCCUACAGUCUUCAGACACACUGGAAAGCCUGGAUGGAGUGUGUGAGAGAACACUGGAUACUAAAGAGGAGCGUUCUGAAGCUUUAAAACAGCUUGACAAGCCUGUGAAAGGUAAGGCCACAUAAUAAUAUACAUAUGGCUAGUUUGUAGCUAGUUAUGACCCUUUUAUAUCCUGAUUUUUAGGUUUUUGUCUUUGUUUUGCUUGUAUAGCUAUUAAUUUAUUGCUCAAGAAGAAGAGGAAAAAAGCUUUUAGUAUACAGUUGAAAUAUUUCAAAGAAGAAGAUGACUAUCAGCACUAGCUGAAAUUCAAACAGAUUUGAGGCUAAGCUGAAGCUCACAUUUCAUUUACAUCCCUCUAUUGCAGGGGUCUCCAACCUUUUCUAGCAUCAUUGUUUUUUAUAGCUUUCAAAUAGGCACAUUCUUCUAAUCUCCCCCGGGUCCUUUGUGUACAAGAGAUGUGUUUUCUGUCAAUAUACCUGGUAAAAUAAUGGUUAAUAAACAACUAUAAGGGGCCCCAUAAAACUAUCUUUUGUAUUUUCCGUAAUUCUGUUUUCUUUGUAGAAUUUUUCCUGGUUUGAAUCUUUUUACUCAAUAUUACAAUUAUUCAUAGAGAAACAAUGAAAAUGUAUGUUCUGAGUCAAUGUCAAUGCAUCAGAAGACCAUUUUUGAGGUCUAGGGAAAAAACCAAACAAAUUAGAUUUUUUAGUGUAGUUCCCCUUUAAUUGUGCAUUAAGCAAGAGAGUGUGUCGGUCUAGGAAUGUUUCUGCUUUUAGGCCUACUGCUGCAGCACUGUCACAAAUAAUCAUAUCGUUCUGUCAGGGAAGCCUACUUUAACAUUUAAUUGAGAAGGUUUUUGGGGAAUGUCUUUCUGUCUACACACAAGACGGUUAUCAUUAGCAUCGUUAACUGGCUACAUACAGAGUGAUAGACAAAUGCGCACACCAAACAGACAGACGAGCUAUAUUGCUGGAAAUUAAUUGGCAGAUAAUGUGUUACGUUUGGCUUUUUAAGCCAAUAGUGGGAACCAGGAGUGGGAUAAUGUAAAUGUGGCUUUGAUUGGAUAGUAGCUGGGAGCUUUAUGUUUUUGACAGUUUGCGAUUGAACACAUGAAAAAAAUGCAAGUACUUUCAGAAUUGCUUGGCAAGCUACUCAUAGUUCAUAUUCUUAUCUUUUAUUAUUUCUUAUUGUUGUUGCAUUGUCGAGAAGGAACCUGCAAGUAAGCAUUUCGUUGGACGAUGUAUACCAUGCGUUUCCCAUACAUACGACUAAUUAAAAACGUGAAACUUGAGGAUGGCUGCGAGCUACUGUUAGCUGGUGAUCUGCUUGUUGGAGACCCCUGCUCUACUGUAUACAGUAUCUGAGCCUAGCCCAGCUGCUAAAUUCAGGCCCAGUGUGCAUCCCUAAAAUGCUGUUGAAGUGCACCGCCUGCUCUGAGGCAUAGCACACUGUCGUAUGACUCUGAGCAUGUGACCAUUAGUUCAGCUAUGUGUCAACUGCUGCUAAAGAGAGGCUGUCAUUUGUCAUGACAUUCUGGUGAGGUUGAACUACAGAACAUUUACCUCAAACAAGUCCCCAAACAGAAACUAGAACGAAAUGUAACUUAGCUAAGUCUGUGUGUCCACAAUAUUGUCAGCUUCAGUAUGUGAAUUAGAGAAGCUUGAUUUUCAGGAGAAACAUAACAUGAGACUCUGGCCUCUGGUCCCUGAGUCAGUCUGAAAAGGUCAAAGGCUUCAUAUCAGUCAUCUAGAGCGCUAUGUGAAUGUGAAUGGAGCUGGCUGUUUAUUUAUGUAUGCCAGUCUGUGUAUCCAAGCAAGAAUACAAUGAUCUCACCAGACCUUACAGUAGGCUCUGAAAAUAGAUGUAGCCUGAACGGUGGUCUUCCACUCGGAGCCCCGGGCCAAAUCUUGGCGGUCUGUAAGCACAUGGCUACGCCCUGGCCCUUUCCCGUCUGGAUGGGAAUAUGAAGGAGUUCCUCUACAUCUACACUGAUGUGGUAUAAAUAUCAGUGCAGUGUUGACUGAUGCUCAGCAACAUCAUUGUUCCCUAAUAGAAAUGACUGCGUUUCCCCCCACCUACCUCCUCUCUUCCUGCAUGACAGCUGGUUUGUUGUUGCUAUCCAAAUGGUUGUCAAGGCAGUUUCAUUUACUGAGAGGAUUCAGUGUUAGUUUGUCCUUAAGGUCAUAAGAUCAUAGCUUCAUAUUCCUCUUCCUGUGUCAUCAUACCUGUGUCAUACCUAUGUCUCUUACUGUAUCUCUCCCCAGACAAAGACAUAGUCUGUCCAUCCCAGGGAGAAGAGAAGGGGAAGAAGGAAUCCCUCUCAGACACGACAGACUCUACACUG